AUACUUUCACCCCAAACGCCUUCAUUAUCAGUGCAAUCCAUCACCUGGCUGGCUUCGUGAACAAACCAAAAUUAGACCUAUGCAUUAAAUAUAAGAAGUUAAAAUUAAAAAUCGCUUGCUAAUCUGGACACCCCUCUCUUGGGUACGUCUUGCUCUUUCAGACACUAGUCUAACUCUAGGGUUAUAUUUGUUAUACUGUAUCUCAGAAAUCAUCCCACGUGACACGUUGUCUUCUGGUAAUAAGAGCUACAGAAGCUUUCGGUCACUAGGAGCAAUAUCUUCGUCUGUCUAGACGAAUGAGCAAGCCUUCAAAAUAACAUGGUAUACGAACGUCGGGAUAGGUGGCGAAACUUGAGCGACGUAGUCGGGUCCCUCGAACUCGGUUGCGCAUUGUCCGCAGUACGCAAGGGUCAUCGACCGCUCCGAUCUCGACAUACCAGCCAAAUGUGGUCGAGUUAUGUUUGCUUCAAGCUGAUCGUAGGUCUGCACCUCUUGUCCUAGACAUAUGCAGAACCAGACAGAUAUUACCAAACCGCAGUAGACACCUGAUGAAGUAUGGCUACCUGUCGUUUCGAUUAGAAACUCUCUAUUGCACACCGGACAUUGCUUCAGAACGUUGAAAGGAGGUGUAAAGGUGGUCUUCACUCCAUCCGGCUGCAAUAUUGCCACGUUUUGAAACCUGAAGUUGAAGACAGGCACGCUAACACGCCAGUUUGGAAAGGUGAACUCAUCAGAACUAGCCUGGCUAACUUUUACCUCGGCGUGGUCGCAAAUUAUUUCCGUAAAGCUCUCUCGCGAGGUCUUCCUAAAUUUAAUCCUUUUCACCUGUCGCAGGAAUA